AUGUGGAAGACGUUAAGAAAAUUUGGUCUAGAUUACGACGAUUUCCCAACAAUUAUGGAAAACGUGAAUAAUUUGCUGAGAAUUUUGACAAUUGAUAUUUUGAAAAAUACUAAACGUCUAGUCCCAAUGUUCGAAUCGCCUAAUUUUGAAAUAGCUACAGUUAUAAAUAUUUCUAGCAUUGCCUUCGGUAUAUACACAUUAGUCAGUAUAGCAGUGUAUGUUAUUGUCAUAGUAGGCUAUAUAGAAUGCCAGAUGCAAGCUUUGAGUGAAGAACUGGAAAACGUUUGGCAAGACAGUUUAAACUUCUAUAAUUUCAACAAACACAUUAUACGUAACAAAAUAUACGUUAUGGAUAUAAAAAAAGAAAUAAUGAAUGAGUUUAUUAGAGUUCGUUUGAGAGAUAUCAUAAAACUUCACAUUAUCAAUAUUAAUCUAUUGCAUGAAGUAGAUCAAGAAUUACGUCCGACUGUGGCUAUGGAAUUCAGUAUUAUGACUUUUUCCAUAACAGCUGAACUCCUUGGUGGUUUGGAAAACACGCUUCUGCAAUUACCAUAUACUAUUUUACAAGUGUUCAUGGAUUGUCUUGCAGGGCAACGUCUGAUUGACGCUUGCAAUAAUUUUGAAAACGCUGUGUAUAGUUGCAAGUGGGAACAUUUUAAUGUAGAAAAUCAGAAAACCGUACUAUUGAUGUUAAGAAUAGCUAAGAAGACUUUGGUUCUAUCAGCUGGAGGAGUAGCAAAGUUAAAUUUUGAAUGUUUAAUGAUGAUACUGAGAUCUACUUAUUCUGCAUAUACUACAUUAAAAUCCACAUUGAAA